AGACUCCCAAAAAUUCUCAACCACUAGGCACUUGGACGCUUCCUGCAGACCGUCGGGAGUCGUUCGUGGACCAGCCAUAGGUCUCAGCCCGUUCGACCGCGACUCUAUCCCGGGUCCAACGGGAUCAGUGAACCGCGAGGAGGAAUAGUAUACGGAAGAUUUGCCCGUGUGCGGAACGUCUCGAGGGAAGUGGGUCGCGGCUCACCCACGUUAAAACCAAUCCCCCACCUUUUCGUUCACGUCGUCCAGGAGUCCAGCCAGUGGCGGAUCGAACACAGAGGGUACACGUCCGUGGUCCCCUAAACUCAGUACCCCGGAGUGUCGUCAGAGUGGAUCGAUCGGAACCGAAAGUCGAACGCGAGAGGAAGAACCCUGUGACAGGAUUAAAGAAGAAUGCCCGGUGCCGGUGGCCAACCACCGCAGAGGACCACCUUCAGGCCACCAUGGGUCAAGGAUGGUCCCAAUCCUCUGCCUAUGCCUGCUGCACCCUGGACCCUCAAUUCCAGGAGGGACUCCAAAACGAAAGCUGACGAACCACCGGCGUUCACACAAGUCACUCUAAAAAGUGUAGCGAAACCGGAACUGAAGCAGCCCGCGGCGGACGUGCAGCCGCGGAAACAGAGUAAAAUCACAAUAAUCCCGUCGCAGCCGAAAAGCGAGAAAAAUACGGACGGUCAGCCGGCGCAGCUGAAAAGCGAGAAAAAUACGAGCGUUCAGCCGGCGCAGCCGAAAAGCGAGAAAAAUACGAGCAGUAAACCGGCGCCGACGAAGAUCCGCGAGAAUGGACGACAAGAGCCAAAUUCGAGGCCACAGCUCGAACGACAAGUUCGAAUCGAGAGGUCUCGAUCACGGGGUGACACUAUACCUCUCUCCAAGAGCGAGAGCACCACAGGCGCACCGACGUUGUCGAAGAGCUCGUCGAGGGCAGCGAUCCCGCCACCGCCGCCGCCGCGACCACCGCCUCCGCCCCCGGGCAGAACGAUCCUGAAGGACCUUCCGCCCCUGAGCCAGACGCAACACCAGAAACUGGAGAUGCUGAAGUCGAGGCCGCGUAAACGUCCCGACUGGGCGUGCAUGAUGAAGGAGGUGGAGAGCGGAAGGACCUUGAGGCACGUCCAAUGCAACGACAGGAGCGCGCCCCUGAUCGAGAGGGUGAACAAGGUGGUCACAGCUGAUCCAGCAGGGAAGACACAGUUUGUGUUCGAAUCCGAAAAGUCGAACAUGCAUAACCAAUUGCUGAAGCAGAUCCAGCAGGGUGUAGCGCUGAAAAGGGUGCAGACCAACGACAGGUCGAAACCCAUGUUAGACGGUUUGAGGAAGUUCCGGAGGCAGUUGACGAUAGAGGAGCAAAUGCAGAAGGCUGACGAACCCACCGACGACUCGAUUUCGGACGACAUGGACGACAUUGAUGCAGUAAGGGACGACUUGCAAAGUACCAAGCAAAUGCUUGCACUGGAACUUAGAAAUAAGGAAGCUUUGGAAAGGGAAAACAAGAGAUUACAACAAAGGAUUUUAAAUCUCGAGGCGGAGGUCGAUCGGGAGAAGUCGAAGAAGAACGCCGUGGGGCACAGUAAACACGACGAGAAGCUCACGGAAUCGUUGAAACAAACGGCUCUGCAAGCCAGGAAAGACGCCGAGAGGCUCGAGAAAGAAUACAUCAACGUGGCGGAGGAAAGGGACAAAAUGAAGAAUGAACUGGAGGAGAUGAAGAGAAUGUACACCGCUUUAGAGAGGCGCAUGAAAGCCGAGCAAGAGCUUGAGGCUGAACCGGUAAUAGAGCUAGCAGACGAUAGCGACGAGGCGACUUGGUACAAUGUUUCAGGAAUGGCACUAGCCGGUUGUCCAAGUGCGAAGGAUGUAGCGAAAAUAGCUUCGCAGAAAAGCAUAGAUAAGAGAGAGCCCAGCGAAAGCGAAGACGACGACGAAGAGGACGAAACCACGGAGGAGGAAGAGGACGACGAAGAGAAAGAUCCAAAGGCUGCAACAGAAAAACGAUUGCAGAGAGAAGUGAAACUUUUGACGACCAAAAUCAGAAAUUGCAAAGAUAAAGCAGGAAAUGCUAGAAAAGAGAGACACGCGUUGAAAGAUCAAAUUAAACAGCAACAGAAAUUAUUGAAAGAGGAGAAAAAGAAAUUUAAGCACCUACAGAAAGAAGUUGACAAAAUGGCAAAGUUAAUGUCAGAAAAUGACGAUGAUGAGAAAGAUGAAGAAGAAGAGGACGAAGAAGAAACAGAAUCUGAAGAUUCUGAGUCCGAGGAAUCUGAGGAAGACGAAGAAUCGGAGACAGAAGACGAAGACAACUCGUUGGAGGGUCAAAGAAACUCUUUACAGAAACAAGCCAAAAAGCACGAAGGACGUUUAGCUGCUUUAAAGAAGGGUAACUAUUUACUCAAAGCACAAGUUGAUAGACUGAAAGAUGAUUUAGGAAAGCAACGUGAAGAAAGUCUCUCUCUUCAAGAAGAUCUUGACUCUGUCUUAGCAGAAUUAGGUUAAGUCAAUGUAAGGAUCAGUAAAAUAUUACUAUGGACAAUUGUAUACAUGCACAUAAAGUAUUACAUAUAAAAAAUAUAGAAAACUUUAUGUCUGAAAAAGCAGACACCACAGACUAAUAACACGCACACUCACCUAAAUGCUUUUCGUAGGGAAUCUUACACUCAAAACAGAAUUUUUUGAUCAAUUCAUCUGCAGAGUACCUAUAAAUCUACUACCGUUUAGUAUCGAUUCGUAUACGCAAUAGUUUGUUUUCUCUAGUAUCUAUGGUAAAUAUUCGGCGUACGUAACAAGCCGGCGGAAACAUCAAAA